AUGGACAAGAAAAUUACGUGUUAUCUUGAUUGCGUUUCGCCUUAUAGCUACCAUGCAUUUAGCUACCUACAGAAGAACGCCGCUGCUUUAGCGGACCUGGGGGUGGAAAUUGAGUUUAUCCCCGUCUUCCUGGGAGGAAUCAAUGUUGGAAGUGGUAAUAAACCCCCGUGGACUCUCCCUGCCAAAUCCGAAUACGCCAAGUACGACGGAAAGCGAGCGCAGGAGUAUUUCGGGAACCAGUUCGAGGUUCCUCCGUGGUUUCCAAUCCUUUCUCUUCUGCCCCAACGAGCAUUGACCUACACCAAAAAAUCAACACCCAAAUCCGACUACGAAGCCGCCUACCUCGCCUGUCUUGAGACCAUGUGGAAGCGCCAACUCGACAUUUCCAAGCCUGAGCAUCUCACCACAGCCCUCCGUCGUGUCUUCCCCGAAGAAAAAGUCCAGGAGAUUCUCACCGGAGCCUCUAACCCCGAAAUUAAAGCAGAACUAACAGCCGUGACGGAGAAAGUGGUCAAAGAGCAAGGUGCUUUCGGGUGUCCGUGGUUCUGGGUGAAAAAUGCAGAGGGACAGGAGGAACCGUUCUUUGGGAGUGAUCGGUUCCAUUAUAUGUGGAGGUAUCUGGGGUUGCCCUUUGAAGACAUCAAAUUGAAGAGUCGGAUCUAA